AUUUUAAAUUCAGUAUCAGUCGGUAUUCGGCUCAGCCCCGACGCGUCCGGACCAAAAUUCAAAUAUAUUCCGGCAUAAAAUUCUCGAGAAAAAUCUAGAUAAAUUUUCUCCAAGCGUUUUCGAUUGAUAAAAAUUCUAAAAAUUAGUUAUUUGAUAGGCUGAAUUUAGUCCGACGCGGUUGACGAGCAUGUAUCUUCUUAAGAAUAGUCUGAGGAAGGCGCCAUCGUUGGUGCAGGUCUUGUGCAAGCCGAGCCCAGGCCCGCUGUUCUCGGCUCUCGGCGUCAAGAGGUCCAUGGACACGCUGUACGGGGGCGACUCGUGCGAGGAUUGCGUGGACAGCUACCCCACUCUGACGGUGCGAAAGGAUCUCAAGCGAAUGAAGGUACCCGACACCACGAAGAUGCCCGACGCCUGCUGGCAGUCCCUGCGCCGCACCGAGUUCAAGUGCCGCACCGAUCCGGAGUUCAGUGUCGGCUCCUUCAUAACUGAGCGAAAAAGGUGCCUGGCGGAUCCAUGUGCCAUGGACUUUCCGCCCAGAGAUCUGAAGUACUACCGGCCCGGCGACAAGCUGCGGCGGAAGUACCAGCGCACCUGGGUCGAGUGUGUGCUGAAGCGUCGCAAGCGCAAGGCCAAGUGUGUGUUCAAGCCACUGCAUAUCAAGCGGCGCAAGCGCAAGGAGCCCAAGUCCCGAACCGUAUGCAAAAUGGUACCCUGCAACGCUGGGGCGCCCAAGCUGAAUCUGAUGGGCUGCACCAAGUCGAUGGGCGGGCCGUGCCCGAAAAUAAACAUGCCCUUCUGCAAGGAGGUCUACAGUUCGACCCGCUGCAAGGUUGGAACACGGGGCCCGGGAAAGUGCCGCAAGCGUUUGACCAAGUACCCCAGCUUCUCCGAGUGCUUGAUCGAUCCGUUGCCGGAGGCGCCACCCACCGAGUGCAACUGCCUGGAGCGCCCGUCCAUGUGCUCCGUCUGGGAGUACUAUCGCCACAAGAAGUACUAGGCUGCCGAUUCCAUUGCUAAUCCAAAAUUUAACCCAAAAUAAAGACCAAUUACAGAGCUCCUGCUUUGGCACACAAAAA